UUGUAGCAUUAUACGGGAUUGAAUAUGUAUUUGGUGUUCUGUCAGUCGCUACCUCGCAAGUCCCUAUAGCAUCCAAUAUAGGUUCCACCUCAGGAACAUAAUUGCGACAAUUGAGUACAAGCCAGCCGAAGAACAUUGGAAUGUAACCAAAAGAUAAGCUCCUUCAAUUUACCCCAAAACGGCAACCACCCGCAAAGCUUGGCAUUUCUCAACUCCCGCGACGUCAGCGGCCGAUAAAUUCAUCCCAUUAUACGUACAUCAUCUCCAAGACACCGAAUAACCCACCCAACAGAAUGUCCACCCGCGAACACUCCUCGCACCGACAUCCGCGCCCCCACCGAGGAAGCGACUCUCGCUCCCGCUCCCCAGACAAACACAGACGCCAUCACCACCGCGAUCGCGAUCGCAGCCAUCGACACCACCACAGAAGCCACAACCAUGACCGUCGCGAACGCCGCCCCGAACCAUCGGCGAAACCAAUCGUCCUCCCCUUCCAAGCACGGGAGCUCUCCAAGCGCGACCUCUCGACCUACGAGCCCAUGUUCGCCAUGUACCUGGACAUCCAGAAGGGGAUCCUCCUAGAAGAUCUCAGCGAAGACGAAGUCAAAGGACGAUGGAAGAGCUUCAUCAACAAAUGGAACCGUGGAGAACUCGCGGAAGGGUGGUACGAUCCGAGUACCCUUGAGAAAGCGCGCCGUAGCGCCCAGGACGAGCCCAUUGCGUCUGCUUCCGGGCGGCACCGCCGGUCCCCGGAUUACGGCCGGGGCGAGGAUGAAAGGGCAGACCAGGGGGAGGAGGAUAAUCCCGACGAGGAUGAGGAUGACUAUGGGCCUGUUCUGCCGAAAUAUGACCAGUUGGGUAGAUAUGACGGUGGUCGCGCGGGACAAUCUUCUGGGCCGACUAUUCCUACGAUGCAGGAUCUGGAGUUGCGGAAAGAAUCGGCUAUUGAGGAUGCUAUGGCGGCGCGGGAGGACUCAUGGAAACAGCACCGUGCUGAGGUACGCUCGCAUCGGUCUGAGUUACGACAGAUGGAAGAUGAGGUUGCGCCGCGGGCUGAACCGGGGACUCAUGAGCGGAAGAUGGAGAAACGCCAGGAGGCUGCUGCUGCGAAUCGAGCCUUUGCUGAGUCUCGGCGGGGUGCUUCUCCUGAUGGGGCCCCGGAAGAUGAACUGAUGGGUUCCGCGGACAAUGAUCUGGACGCCCUCAAGAGGGCUAAGGCGACAGAGCAGCGGAAGAAGAACGAGCGGGAAAUUCGGAGGGAAGAAAUACUCCGCGCACGCGCUGCUGAGCGGGAGGAAAGAUUGCAGCAAUAUCGCCAGAAGGAGGAUGAAACCAUUGGGUGGCUUAAGGCUCUGGCAAAACAGCGGUUUGGGUGAUAACCUAUGCUUCUGUCUACAGCUCGAAUUUCUACUGUACAGAAGGAGGUCUUGUCAAUCAUAUCUACUGCCGUGCGCCAUAACUGUUCACCUAGAAUCAAACAUAUAUCAGACACAAUGUAAAUUUAUAUUAGUAGUAUAUCCUCACUGUAAUGCUAAUGAGUUUUGCCCUAAACCCUGCAGCAAUGAAACGCAUCCUUGCAUGCUGCAGUACUAACAAACAAGUAAUAUGUUUUCGAAACAAGGGAUGCCCUGCAGGCCUAUGGAUCUAGAAUAGGUUUCGAAUGAUGUUGUGCUUACUGGUUACAUUGAACAUGU